UGAACAUUAAGCGGAGCAGACCAAAAUCCCAAACAAGGAAAUGGUGGGGGAAUAAACCGACCAGAUUAUUUAAUUAAUGCAUGUAAUAAUUAAUAUUUUAUUUUAUUGUAAAUUACGCCGUAUUUAUGGGUUAGAAUGGAUUACGACUUCAAAACAAAGCUGGCUGCCGAGAGAGAGAGAGUAGAAGAUCUUUUCGAAUAUGAAGGUUGCAAAGUGGGUCGAGGCACCUACGGGCACGUUUAUAAAGCUAAGCGCAAAGACGGGAUAGAUGAGAAGGAAUAUGCACUGAAACAGAUAGAAGGCACUGGAAUUUCAAUGUCCGCGUGCAGAGAAAUUGCUCUGUUGCGGGAAUUGAAACAUCCAAACGUGAUUGCCCUGCAGAAAGUGUUCCUGUCCCACAGUGACCGAAAGGUUUCGCUCCUGUUAGACUAUGCCGAACAUGACCUUUGGCAUAUUAUCAAGUUCCACCGUGCCUCCAAGGCCAACAAAAAGCCCAUGCAGCUGCCCCGAGGGAUGGUGAAGUCUCUCCUGUAUCAGAUUCUGGAUGGGAUCCAUUACCUCCACGCCAACUGGGUCCUCCACAGGGAUCUGAAACCAGCUAACAUCUUGGUAAUGGGAGAAGGACCAGAACGAGGAAGAGUUAAAAUUGCUGACAUGGGUUUCGCGAGACUCUUCAACUCUCCCCUCAAGCCACUGGCCGACCUCGACCCUGUGGUGGUGACCUUUUGGUACAGGGCUCCUGAGCUACUGUUGGGGGCCCGCCACUACACCAAAGCUAUUGAUAUCUGGGCCAUUGGCUGCAUCUUCGCAGAGCUGCUAACGUCAGAGCCAAUUUUUCAUUGUCGCCAGGAAGACAUCAAGACCAGUAACCCUUUUCAUCAUGACCAGCUGGACAGGAUAUUCAGCGUGAUGGGUUACCCCGCAGAUAAAGACUGGGAAGACAUCCGGAAGAUGCCUGAAUAUCCAACACUUCAGAAAGACUUCAGAAGAACAACAUAUGCAAACAGCAGCUUGAUCAAAUACAUGGAGAAACAUAAAGUCAAACCAGAUAGCAAAGUUUUCCUGUUGCUCCAGAAACUGCUCACCAUGGACCCCACUAAAAGAAUCACAUCAGAGCAAGCACUGCAGGAUCCCUACUUCCUAGAGGACCCAUUACCAACCACUGAUGUGUUUGCUGGAUGUCAGAUCCCAUACCCAAAGAGAGAGUUUCUAAAUGAGGACGAACCAGAGGAGAAAGCAGAAAAGAACCAGACGCAACAGCACCAGCAGACAACAGGCCAAACUCAAACGCAGAACCAGCAACAAACGGCAGCCCAGCAGGCCCCAUCUCAGCAGAACUCAACACAAACCAAUGGCACAUCCGGAGCCACGGGAGCCAUUGCUGGCGGAGGGUUACAUGGACAGGACCAGGGUCCUCCUAAUAAAAAACCCCGCAUUGGACCCUCUGGUACCUCUUCAGGCACCGGGGUGCUCCAGUCAGAGUACCAGCACUCCACAUCUCGCCUUGGUUACCAAAGCAAUGUCCAAGGUUCUAAUCAGCCGCAGAGCACCAUGGGGUACACGUCAUCAUCUCAACAGAGCUCCCAGUAUUCCCACCAGACUCAUCGUUACUGAGGCACCAGGUCAGUCCUGAACCAGCAGAGAGGGGUGGACCUCCUCCAAUGGAUGUCAACAUUGGACGCCACCCGGUAGUGGCUCCUUGGAUGUUUCUCACAGCAUUACAUCAUUCCAGCGUUUUGACGUCUAGUCACAUAAGGCAAACCUACAGGAAAAAAAAGCAAAUACUGCCUUUCUGGGCUGGUGACUCAUUUUGGUGUAAUAUAUGUGAAGGCAGCAAGACUCUAAACGUAUGGCACUUAUAAACACAACAUUCUUCACGAGGAAGGAUUGCAGCUCCAAUAUUGACUUUAUAUCGCACCUUUUCUAUUUGUUUUCAAGCUUGAUGUCAGUGUAAAUAUCGCAUAGGAAGGCAGAGAAGACGCAGGAUGGAAAAAGCCCUUUCGUGAAUCCUUGGAUAAUCAAAUGCAAACUCGCUUACCCCUAUCCUUUUAUGUAAAACCAGACAUUUAUUGUACAAACAGAAAGAAAUGCAGGGAAAUAUGGAACGCACAAUUUAACUUAAUAAUAGUGUUCUUAUGAGGUUCCUGUUUUCACAGCUCGAAUGUACAGAAGUGUUUUUACUGAACGUCGUGUGCAUUCUUAUCCACGCCGCUCAGUAACCGGUAACCGCUUGGCCACAAACUGGAGGAGCUUUGGAGUGUGAUCUUGUUUUUGGGCUGCCAGUGGACACCUUUUGCAUCUCGCCAUGAACUCGAACGUGCGCAUAAACCGUACAGGGCAGCUAACGGUAAGCCCCUCCCCCUCCACUGCAACCCCACUUUGUGUACUUCAUGAGACUGUUACUGACUGAUGUCAAAUUGUUUUGUAUUGUUAUUAUUAUUGCUGUGUGUGGGCGGGUGGGUGUUUUAUGCAUGUUUUACCUUUGACUCACAAGAAAUGCACUGACUGUCGAAGCAAUCUGCAAAAGAGCUGAAACAAAUACUUGUGAACUCAAACGACCGUCCCUGCCCCCCUCAGGCCAGCAUGCCGCACUGGUUUGGUCAGUUGAUCAUGUUUAAAAAAAAAAAAAGGGUGUUUUCUUUUUCACAACAGAUUGAGUGACAGCCAAUUAUGCUGUCUUGAUUUUUACAGAGUCAAACAAAGGCAUGUCCGCCAUAUUGCACUUGCCAGAACCAGAAAAUAGUAGCUAACUACAAAUAAUAACUCUUCAAUUGUUAAAAUAUAUAUAUAUUUUUUAUAUAAAACCCAAGAUUAGAAUGUAAAAUAAUAUUGUAAUCCUUUGUUUGGUGAUUUAUUUUUUUCUUCAUCCAGGUAAGGCAAUUGUGAGCAGGUUCCAUUUGCAAAGCCAACCUCGACACGAACAGAGUAAAACAAAGAUGAUUGGCUGGUCGAAAUCACACAACUGCCAUUUCAGGUUGACGUUUCCUGUUCAGUAUUUAAAAAUAACUGAAACUUAAAAUACCUACACUAUUAUAUUAUUUAGGACUGCUCCUGCUUGAUUAGUUGAUUGUGCCAUAUUUACACAAGAUUAACUUCUUUACUUCCCAAGUGCAUUUUUUUUAAUACUUUAAAAGCUUAAUUUUACGUUUGAAUCCCGCGUUUUAUUUAUUCCUUUUUUUAUUUUUUAUUUUAAAAUUUUAAAUUGUAGAUCAGUACUCCUGCUCGUGAAUGUUGUGUUAAAGAGGGCACCCAAUUUAGUGACGUAAUGGUAUUUGGAGGAGAACGCAGGAGAUGAGCCUCAAGUAAUAAAAAUGAGCAAACAUUGACACCAAGUGGCCAAAAAGAGAAUUGGACUUGUUUCUCUUCACUGCCACAUUUUAAGGUGCAGAAUGUGUAAAAAAAAAAAAAAACAAUGUUUGCUCACUCAGUAGAAAAUGUACAAGUAAUGGUUACAUCCCAAAAUCGGUGUAAAAGGUUUUGUAUCUAUCGGCUCUUCAUCUGCAAGGAGCUGGCUUCUCCUGAGUGUGAUCAGUCAAACCACACUUCUACUCAAACGGUCACAUUUGAAAAACAUUGGAUCUUUCCAAUUGCACUUUUAUAGACAAAAACAAACACAGCUUGGUCAUUUAAUACUCGAGGGGGAUCGAAACCAAACUGCCUUUAAAGGCUUUCCUCCUCCUUGGUUCAAUGUCAGUAUUGAAAUUAGCAGAGAUCACACGCUUAGUUGUCGAUUCCGCCUCUGAGAACGUUGUACAGUAUGUUGGACAACUCCUAUGCAAAUUUAAUUGCCAGACUCAAGCAUUUCAUUAUGCUGAGGUUUUUAUGGGUGACGUGUGUUCUUUCAUCACUACGUGUAUGAGUCCGAACACUUGUCUAAAACUGUUUUUUUUUUUUUUUUUUCUGAAAUGCACUCUAAAUGAAAUAUUGUAAUAUAAGUGUAUGUAUAUAUGUGUGUACAUAUAUAUAUAUAUAUAUAUAUGCACACACACACACACACACACCGCUCCAUAGUUUGUAAACAAUGUGAUGUCAUUUAUGGGGCACGGCUUAGCUGGAGGCAAAGGC